CGAAGUAAGAAUCAUACUAACAAAAGCUAAGUCUAGAACAAGAGCACACGAAUUCAAUCAACAUGGCCAAUCCUAGUAAUUGGCCAUCUCUUCUUAUGUUGGUUCUGGCCUUGUACGCCAUUGCUGCUCAUACAAGUGCUCAGUACACAUACUCUCCACCAUCACCACCACCAUACGUCUACAAUUAUCCAUCACCACCUCCUCCUUACGUAUAUAACUCUCCACCAUAUACUCCAUAUGUUUACAAGUCUCCACCACCCCCACCUUACGUCUAUAGCUCCCCACCACCUCCUCCAUAUGUUUACAAAUCCCCACCACCACCUCCUUAUGUCUACAGCUCCCCACCACCUCCUCCAUAUGUUUACAAGUCUCCACCACCCCCGCCUUACGUCUAUAGCUCCCCACCACCUCCUCCAUAUGUUUACAAGUCCCCACCACCACCUCCUUAUGUCUACAGCUCGCCACCACCUCUUCCAUAUGUUUACAAGUCUCCACCACCCCCGCCUUACGUCUAUAGCUCUCCACCACCUCCUCCAUAUGUUUACAAGUCUCCACCACCACCUCCUUACGUAUACAGCUCCCCACCACCUCCUCCAUAUGUUUACAAGUCUCCAAUACCACCUCCUUACGUCUAUAGCUCCCCACCACCUCCUCCAUAUGUUUACAAAUCCCCACCACCACCUCCUUAUGUCUACAGCUCGCCACCACCUCCUCCAUAUGUUUACAAGUCUCCACCACCCCCGCCUUACUUAGACGCUUUCAUAAACUUUUGUAAACAAAUAUUCUAG